AAUUUUUUUCAGCAACAAGAAACAGUUGCCUCAUGGUACGGAGCUGGGCUUGUUGUCGACGCAACGUUGCUUUGUUUGUUUUUUAGCACGCCGCUGGAAGAGAAUCUAGUAGAUGUAGGCUAGGUUUAGAUAUCCUUAGCCAUGUCCCGCCAGGUUAAUAUUGUCGACCUGCGUGUCGUGGAUCUUCGAGCUGAGCUCGAGCGCAGGAAUUUGGAUAAAACUGGUGUGAAAUCCGUUCUUGUUGACCGACUGAAGAGCGCUCUUGUUGAGGCUGGAGAGAAUUCUGAAGUUAUCGAAAUAUCAGCAAGUGAAGAGGCACGCCGUGCUGCACGGCCCACAACGGGAUCAAGGACUCCUUCUUUGCCCUCGGAUUCGCCCAGGAAAAGUACAUCACAAAGUACAUCACAGACGUCCAUUCACAGUGAGACGAUCGCAAGUCAAGAAGAGGAAGCAACAGCUGAAGAAGCCUUGGGAACUGAUGAGCUGACGGGGCCUGUGAUGGAAGAAGACGUCGAAAGCAUAGGAUUUGGGGAUGAUGAUGAUGCGGCGUUGCCAGAAGUCUUGGAAGAUGAUUCCACGUGCGAAGAUGAUGAAGAUUAUGCCGAGGGGCAGGAGCCAAGUGCUGCCGUGGCCGAUGAAGAGGAAAUGUACGGCCAGAAUACGCUUGGUGAAGACGCUAGCGAUACGGAGGUUGCGGCCGCAUUGGACGCUUUGACUGACGACGCUGAGUUGGAUGGCGGGGAAGAGGGUCAAGAAGAUGCCGUAGGUGUCCCGGAUGAACUCGAUCUAGAAGAUGCCGACGGUCUCGACCAAGAUGACGCUAUUAUCAGUGUAGCUCAAGUGGACGUGAAUACUGAAGAAGUAAUGGACGAUGGCUCGGCUACUGCUGCCAUGGAUGACGACGAGCAGGAAGAUGCUGACGGUAUCACUGGUGAAGAUGACACUCCUGCCCUCGUAGCCAAUGUUGACGCUGACGACGACGACACGGAUGACGCUCCCGGUACCCCCACGCUGGACGAAGGCACAGCCCAGUCAACGCCGUCACUCUUGGCCGCAACCGUGGCCACAUCGUAUCUUCUAAACGACGAUGAUCUUGAUCGCCAGGUCCUGGACUACGACGUGGAAGGAAUCACGCUGCAUGCCGAGGAUGACGAGCAGGAGAAAGCCAAGACCAUGGGCAGUGGUAGCGUUUCCGAGGAGACCGCAGGGACUGGGAAGCCAAGUGCUCCUGGAGCAGCGGCGUCUUCUCGAAAGGACAUCACUGCCACUAAAGCUGCACCCACUACCACCACGGCGGCCAGCAGUGCUAAAAGGCCUGCUCAAUCUGGAGCAGCUGCGGAAAAGGCUAAGGCCAAGGAACUGGCCAAUCGCAGCCUGUGGAUUUCCGGUCUUAACUCUACGGCGCGGGCCACAGAACUGAAAGCCAAGUGCAGCGCCUACGGCACGGUGUUGUCGUCAAAGAUUGUUACACACCCGCGCUCCAGGGGGCGCAUUUUUGGCUAUGUGUCCAUGUCCACGAUUUUGGAGGCAAACCGCUGCAUAUCAGCGAUGCACCGCACUACCUUUCAGCAGCGACUCAUCACUGUGGAAAAGGCCAAGGCCGAUCCUAGCCUGUCUCUUCCAAAGAGGCCAGUCACCGCUACUGGUAAGGCAGCGCAAGCCAAAUCCAGUUCCAACCAGGGUACGCCAAGCAAAGAAGGCGCAUCGAAAACCGGUAGCAAUGGGCCUGGGGCAAAGUCGUCGCCAGGUUCAAAGGCAGCUGGAGAUCGCGGUGGUCGCGUGAUCACUGUGGACCAACGCGGUGGGCCCGUAACCAUCUCUAUCAAGACGUCCGAGGCCGGUGGCAACAGUGGCGCCAGUGGUGGCAAGCCAGGGGUGAAAUCUUCACCUAACACUCCCGCCGGCAGAAGUAGCGGUGUCAAAGUCACUGCUGGCCAGCAAGGCCGCACAGUAACUGCAGACGACAGGGCCAAGGCAAGACAAAGGGAUGCUGCUCGCGAACGUGGACGCACCAACCGUCCCGCCAAUAAUCGUGAUCAGGCUAGGCAACGCCCCGCCUCUGCCACAGACCAGGCUCGAGAGAAAGAGCGUGAGCGAGAGCGCCGCCAGCGUUUGGACCGUGAGAGGGCUGCUCAGCAACGCCUCCGCGAAACGCGCGCUCGUGAGCGCCAGGAGCGAGAGCGCCAGGAGAUGCUCGCUCGCCAGAGAGAGCAACGUCGUCAGGAAGUAGAGAGAGUACGCCGUGAGCGGGAAGAGAGCGAGCGUCUCCGCAAACGCGAGGAGGAGCGUGCCGCCGAAGAGCGGCGUGCGCGCGAGGCUGAGCGUGAGAGACGUGAGAAAGAACGUCGUGCUGCAGCGGAGCGGCAACGUGAAGCUGCAGCUGCUGCCGCCGCUGCAUCGCGUUCUCACCGGCGCUCUCCCUUGCCCAAGGCGUCAGCACGACCUCGUCGUCGCUCGCCAUCACCGCCGCACCGUGCUUCUCGAGCAGACAAGUCUUCCUCGCAUUCUGCUGGAGGUCGUGAUCUUGCUAAGGGCAACACUGGCGCUGAUGAUAAUGCGGGCCUGGCUACGCUGUUGACAACGCUUGGCUCGGCUGGUACCGCAGCCCUGGCGAAUAUCAACCGCAAUCCCGACCUGCAGAACGUAGCAGCUAUCCUCGGCGCCCUGAGCAAUGCCGCUCAGCAGAAGGACGGUGGCAAGGAUGAGCAAUUGCGGUCGUCAGCCGCUGGCAGCUCCAGGGCUGGCCCUGGUGCAAAGGACUCGCGGCGCUAUGAGCGAGAUAGUGAGCGAGGCAAUAAGCCCGCACCCCAGCAGCGCCGUAAUGACAUGCCACCUGCAAGACACGAAGAGCCCAGAUCAGCGAGGCAUGAGCCAUCACGCUUGCCCCCACGGCGUGACGAGCGCGAGCGUCCUCGCCGUGAUGAGCGCGAAGCUGUGCAUAGAGACGAGCGUGCACCUGUGCGCGAACCCCCAAAGAGAGAUGCAUAUGAACGCGAGCCGGUGCGUCGUCCAGAACGGGAGCCUAUGCAUCAUGAUCAAGGUCACGCUGCACCUCACCAUGAUCAGGGUCGUCCUGUGCCCCAUCAUGACCAAGGUCGUGCUGCACCUCGCUAUGAAAACGAUCCCUAUGCAUCUCCACAUGCCCGUGAAGAGCCCAGGUCAUCCUAUCCUCGUCGUGACGAGCCAUCAUAUCGUGUUCCGGAGGCACGUGGCCGAGAAGACCAUGCCAGACAUGCUCCAGCACGCCAGGAGAUGCCGCCACCCGCUCGUGACACGUCCUACGAGCAGUCUCGCUACUCGUCCGGAGCACCUGCCCCUGCCUCUGAUUGGUCCCGAGAGUCCAAUGCCGGCUGGUCCAGAUCUGCUGAACCUCCUAGGGAAGCAAGCCGUGACUCCUACUCAGCAAGCAGCUCUGCUGCUGCUCCUAUGGAUUCGUCUUACCGUAAGAAGCCUUCCGAUGAUUGGCCAGCGUUCCGACCUGCAGCCGCACCUGCAGCAGCAGCACCAAGUCGUGAACAGCGCAUGCCCAACGAGGCUUCGCCACCGCGCUACUACACGGAUCAGCGCUCAUCGGUUAGUACGUACUCGCAGUAUGAUCACCAUGCACCGGCCGAGCGGGCUCCGCCUGUGCGCGCAGACCCUCGUGACUACUCGCCAGCGACUGCUAGCUACCCGGAUCGCCGCGCUGAGCAGGUGCCUCAAAGUCGUCAGCAACCAGCUUCGUCCUAUGAAGGACGCGGUGGCGGAAGCAGCCAAUCACACGAUUAUGGGCAUGGCCGUCCAGGACCCGAACCAUCGACGGGCGGAGCAGUGGGAUACCCAGCAUCGGCUUCAGGAGCUGCUGUUGCUGCUGCCGCUGCCAGUGGAGCGGGCACUGGUAACAGCAUCUUGUCAGCAGCCGAGCUAGCCGAGCUGGCCCACAUUGUUCAGUUGCAGCAGCGCCGUCCCCAGCCGCCUGCCGCUGCUUCGCGUGCUGCAGGUGGCUCCGGCGGCAUGUCUGCUGGCGCUCCCCCACAGUCUGCCUACGGCCGCGAUGCGCCUGUAGCAGCUGGUCGCCCUUCUACCUCUGCUGCUCCACAGGCAAGCUCUCACUAUGCAAGUGCUCCGUCAAGCGCGCAGCGUGGCACUGGUGGCUACUCAUACCGUUCCUACUAGGUACAUGCAGGUACCCAGUACUGCUUCUAAACGCAGCUCUCUCUUCUUUGCAAGUGCCCGAGCUACUCAUACCUCUCCUACGAGGUGUGUACCCGGUACUGCUUCUACAUUGAAGUGCCAGAACUACUCAUCUCGUUCCUACUAGGUGAUAUUGUAUUCCGCGGCGUAUGUACAUUCUGCUUAGGUCCAUUAUUCCAUGUUCACUUCUGCUCUGUUUCGCUUAGCAUCAUGUGUUACUCUGUGUGCUGUCUUGACUUGUACGGCGUGUUGCACUUCACGUAUUGACUACUGCUUGUCCUGUUACCUCUCGUCACAUAUACCACUCACCAGUGUGGCCAUUGUUGUUGUGCUUUUUGUUCCUUUAUUUCUUGUUCACUUGUUCAUCAUGUGGUAUCUACUCCUGUGCUGUUAUGCUGUCCCUUGGCCUGGCUAAUGUUUUCCUUUUGGCGCGCACAGACCCCGCGCUCAACCUGAUUUUUUGUGUUUUCACGCUUCUGGUGGAUUUCACUUGUGUGCUGCAGAUGCACUUCUCAGUGGCCUUGUGUCAGUGUGGGUGCUCCAGUCUCA